AUGGAAAGCGUACGAGAGAGGCUCGUUUGUGCUGGGGGCGACUUACCGGUGGACGACGCGAUCGACGAAGCUGCAGAGAGGGUUGGCAUCGUGGAUGAAGUGCUGCUAGCUGAUGAAAAUAUAUACGUCAACGUGUUGAAAGCAUGUAUGGAGAUCGAGGAUUUCUCCACGUUUGAAGAUGCGUUCCGCGGGAUGGUAGCUCGAGGUGUGGCUCGUAGUGCUGGAUUCGGGUCAGCGAUUCGUUAUUGUCACAAGCAUUUGGAUCCAGUGUUCCAUGAAGAAGUGUUGGACGCGGUAUUUUGGACAGAACAGAAGCUUGCAGGUGCCUGGACACUAGAGGUAGAAAACUAUAACGAUGCGCUUGGCUGA